AUGAUGUCAAUGAAUAGCAAACAGCCACAUUUCGCCAUGCACCCGGCUUUACCUGAGCCCAAGUACACCUCUCUGCAUUCCAGCUCGGAAGCAAUAAGAAGAGCGUGUCUGCAAACUCCACAGCUGCAGAGCAACAUCUUCGCGAGCCUCGAUGAAACCCUCCUGGCGCGCGCCGAAGCCCUGGCGGCUGUGGACAUCGCCGUCUCUCAGGGCAAGACCCACCCGUUCAAACCCGACGCCACGUACCACACGAUGAGCAGCGUGCCCUGCUCGUCCACGUCCACCGUGCCCCUGGCCCACCACCACCACCACCACCACCACCAUCACCACCACCAGAACCUGGAACCCCCCGACCUCAUGGACCACAUCAGCUCGCCUUCGCUCUCCCUCAUGGCCGGAGGACACGAAGGAGCAGGCGGUGGAGGUGGAGGUGGUGGAGGAGGAGGAGGUGGUGGUGGUGGAGGUGCUUUGAUUUCCACCGCUGCCCACCCGCACCCACACAUGCACGGCUUGGGCCACCUGUCCCACCAGGCUGCCAUGAACAUGAGCUCCCCGCUCACCCACCACGGACUUCUACCUGCGCACCACCACAGUGGCGCCCCAGGCAUGUCAGCAGCAGCACCAAAUAACGGACUGCCCUCCAUCAACGACUCGGACACGGAUCCCAGGGAGCUGGAGGCUUUUGCGGAGAGGUUCAAGCAGCGGAGGAUCAAGCUGGGGGUGACCCAGGCGGACGUCGGCGGUGCUCUGGCGAACCUCAAGAUCCCAGGUGUGGGCUCGCUGAGCCAGAGCACCAUCUGCCGCUUCGAAUCGUUGACUCUGUCGCACAACAACAUGAUCGCGCUCAAGCCCAUCCUCCAAGCGUGGCUGGAAGAGGCCGAGGGGGCCCAGCGGGAGAAAAUGAGCAAACCCGACAUUUUCAACGGGGGGGAAAAGAAACGCAAGAGGACCUCGAUAGCGGCUCCCGAGAAGAGGUCUCUGGAAGCCUACUUCGCGGUGCAGCCCAGACCCUCGUCGGAGAAGAUCGCGGCCAUCGCGGAGAAACUGGACCUGAAGAAGAACGUGGUUCGAGUGUGGUUCUGUAACCAGAGACAGAAACAGAAGCGCUUGAAAUUCUCCGCGACCCAUUAA